CUCGAUGGUCAUCUACCCCGCGCAUCUAGUUGGAAUCUAGAUCUCCAUAUCGGUACUUUUGUAUAAUGUUGAGAUGUAAUUCAGGCAUCAGACAUUGGGAAUACGUGUUGCUGCGUGUUGGCUACUCUCCCGGUAUCGGGCGUCGUCAAUAUCGUCUCGCAAGGAUUCAUGCGACCUUGGGAUGGGGCUGUUUGUAGAUGUGCUGUACGCGGUCUACGGUGUAGUUGGUUGAAGAAAGGAGGGGAAGACGAGGAGAUGAAGAUAUAAAGGUCGAGGUUGGGUUGCCCUUUCCAUCCAGACAUCAGAUCAUUCUCCUUCAUUAUCUCUCUUCACAAUGGAAACUGUCAUUACUUCUUUAUUGCUCAUUCUGGGCUUCGUGGCCGUCAGGGCUCUCGUGAAAAGGUUCAAUGGCAAGUCUGCUGACAAUGGCAUUGUGGCGUCUGUCUUUGGCACCAAGCUCGAUCCCUUCUGGGCUGUUGAGCCUUUGAAAGACUUUGACUUCAAGACGACUCCUCCUAUCGACUACAAGCCAUACAGGACACAGGGCCACGUCACCAUGGGAAUCCAAAAACAAACCCGCGACAGCUGGAUCCGCAUCGACUCCGGCUACCUCAAGCGCCUCGAAGAACGCCGCGGUCUCGUCGAAGACAAGCCCGAGCUCACCAUCGGCACCGGCAAGAUCGUCGACCCCGCCAUCGAAGAACUCUACGACGAAAUCAUGAUCAAGUACCUCCCCCAACGCUUCCCAACCAUGUUCAAGAUCCGCGGAAACCUCGUCGACAACCUCGCCACCGGCUCCAGUUACCCCUUCACCACGGCCGGCCUCACCCCCGCCGAUAUGCUGCGCUAUCUGUCGGAUAACGUCGAAGAGGACUUUUACUUCAUGUGUCCUGACCCUGACGGACAGUUCCGUCUCCGUGGCUACAUUGCUUGCUUUCCCGGUGGGUUUCUGAGUCCUGCCCGUGUCGGCGAGUCGGUCAGGGAGAUCCACCAGCCUGUGCCGGGGUAUGAUAAGAAGUUGGGCGCAAGUGUUGACCGGUACUUUUCCCGGAUGGAGCCUGGCCAGUUCAUCGGACGUAUGAACUGGUCCCUACAAGUCGACGGCGCCGACCUCUUCCGCACAGACGGCAACAACUUCUACCCCGAAAAAGACCAACAAGUCGAGGAUGAAAAAUACAACCCCCCGCUGAACGAAUGCUAUCUCCGCGUCGAGCACCAGACCCUCACUGCCCUCCCCCGAUCCCGGGCUAUCAUCUUCACCGUGCGCAGCUACAUGACCAGACUGGAUGAGGUGCGUGCCAAGGGAGAAGGGAAUGCCCUUGCCGAUGCUAUCGAGUCUAUGCCUCAGGGUCUGGGAGAGUAUAAGAUGAGACAGUACUGGGGUGGAAAGGUCUUGCCUUGGUUGAGGGGCGGUCCUGGGGAUGCAACUGUUGCUUGAGAAUAAGAUUGGAAGACAUGAGAGUAUGAUUGAAGCAGCUGAACUACUUGUUACAGUAUUCUUCAAUUCAAAAAUGAAUAAACCGUCUACAUAAUGAACAGUAGCAGUAUCAUUUGACAACAAUAUUAUCAAGCAGCCCCUGACAACAGCCCCAGUGCAUCUCCAACCCAACGAGACCGUCGAAUCCUUCUGGGAGUCCCGUUUCGGCGUCUAACCCAUUCCAGCUUAGUCGAUCUCUGGUGGCAAACCUAGAAAUGCGGGUCCCGUCAGCCUAGUCUGCGGCCUUUCCAAGUUGGAUCUGGGCUGGCUGCAGGGAUUAUACUGCCUUAGAUUAAGUGAUAGGCAUGUGCACUGAUUAGCAUAUCCUUUUAGGCACAGAG